AUGUCAGACAACAAGACGCAAAACCUCAACAACACCACCAAGGGUGACGAGGACGACAGAGACGACAAGGAAGACACCAGCAACACAGACCCGAUCUGCGCGAUAUGUCUCGCGUCGUACACAGGACGAGUAUACCUCUCACCGUGCAUGCACUCGUUCUGUGCGUCGUGUCUCUCCGCCUGGGUAGAUGUCUCGGUCCUCUGCCCGCUGUGCAAGUCUAAACCGGACCAGAUCCACUGGGGGGUUGAUACUGCUCUUGGGGUGCUCAACACUAUCACUGUGACAAGCUCUUCGCCGUUUUAUGCGAAUGGUCCUGAUCGUUGGAGGGACCGACGGAAGGCUACAACUACUGGAGGACUUACGUGGAGGGAGGCACUGAGGAAUGUAGCGGUACAGGCGAGAAAGGAUGAAGAGGAACAGGGGCAGUUGGAUCUGGCAAGUACGGAGGCAGAUCUUCAGGAAGGUGACGCUGCUUUGGACGACACGUCGGUUUCGACAACCGGUGGAGCUUCGGAGGGUGAGGGUGAGGACGGAUGCGAGUCUGACCAAGAGCGGCAUGAUCAAAGGCUUGUUGGCACCAGUGGUGGCAGCAAAAAGAGGUCACGAUCGCAUUCGCGGUCUCGAUCCCGAUCCCGAUCUCGAUCCAAGUCGACUACGCCCAUAGACAGCUACCCAUACGACUCUGACGCGCUCUUCUCCUCCUCACACCCAAACCUUUUCUCGGGCGGACGACUGGUACAAGGACACGGAUCGACGGACGAGGCUACACCUACCACUGCGGAAGGAGACAAUGGCGGCACAGCAGCAGCAGGACGCACAGCAAGCCGACAAGAGGUCUAUGCCCUCGGACUUGAGCCUACUCCAGAACAGGAUUUCGCAUUUGCAGACGAGAUUCGACCGAUCGAUGUGGCUUUUUUGACUCCAUUUUUGCAGCAAGAUCUGGCGGUGUUGACGAACUCUGGUGAUCGGCCGGUGGAUCCGAUUAUCGUCGACCUGAUUAUUAGCCUCUUUGUCGCGCAUGGUAGCAAGGCGUCUUUGGCUCUAUUUUCGCGAGGGGGUGGAGGACAAACUCACAAGCGGCGGGCAUUGGAGGACAAGGACAAGCAGCCGCCUGAGUGGAAUUUUGUUGAAAUGGAGGUCGCUCAGUGGAUCGCGUUGAGACCUUCCAAGGAGAGCUGGAGUGAAGUGGACAUGGCACGACUGUUUGUUCGAGAAAUGCGACGUGUUGUAAAGAAACGCUGGACGGUCAAGCGAUGGAACAAUAGUGUUCUCUAUCAGCCUAUGCCACCACUAUCACCUCUGACUUUGCCCUCGUCGACCUCGUAG